UACAAGAUGAAUGGCGAAUCGUGCUGCACUCCAUAGAGACGCUAGAUCGGCAUAGAAAUGGGUAGCAGCAGCUCCCAUCAAUACUGCGCGUCCAAUGGACCGUCGCAGGAGAUUGGCAGACGCGGGUGGACGCAGUCCUUUCCUCGGGAGCUUGCGAGACAUCAUCCUCAGCAGCCGGCGGGACUCAAGGUCCUACCGGAGCCGCCCAAUCAGCGGUUGCGCGCCACCAAUAAUGGCAACAUCAUUCACAACGGGGGAACCAUAAGCGGCCGCAGGCCGCCGGCCCUCACGCUUCCGCACGACCUUAAUAAGCCAGGAAUAUUCCGCAGCCGCAGUACCUCGGCGUCGAACAUCGGCGCCUCGCGUGGACGCAAGCUCGAUCACCGUUGCUGCCACUAUCGGAGCGAAUUAGGCUGCUGCAUGGAGAACGAGAUGCAGGAGCUGAAGAGGUUCGGCAGCGAGCCUGAUCUGCGAUAUUCGCCGAUGGGACGGGAGGCGAUGCGUUGCAACGGGAAGCAACAGCAUCAGCACGCGAUGGAACACCGGCAUUGCGGAAACGGACAUUAUCCCGAGCGAGACUGCAAGGAACGAGAGAGCCGGUACAGGAACAAGAAGAAGUACAAGGCACCGGCGCCGCCGUCGAACGGCGUCGUCGACAGAUCGUCCCCCGAUUCCUACAGAUAUACAGAAUCUGGCCAGCAUCGUCAGAAUGGUUGUCACGGCGAAGAAGAAGUUCAGCCACCGCCUCGGCGGUCGCGCCUCUUCAAGACGCGAGCGGAAACGAAGAGGGCGCAGGUCAACUGGCUGUCCUCAUCUUCAUCGUCGCAGACUCACGUCGGGGAACGUUGCGAGAACAACGGCGGCGGUGGUAGAUUGGAGAACGAACGACAGUGGCGGGGUGAGGACGGUCGUGCUGCCAACAAGGAGAACAGACUCGUUUGGCGCGAUCUUCAUCAGGAUCGCUGGUGCCGGGAUGAGCAGAGGCGUUUGCGGAUCUUUGAUGGCAAGAACACGUUGCAAAGAAGCAUGAGCAGUCCAGAGUUCCAGGCGGAGUUACUGCAGGUAGCCAGGAAGGUGCGCAACAAGCUCCACUGUGGCGGUAGGUCCUCGUCGGAGUCCGCGAAUCUGACGGAGCGCAACAGCGAUGUUGAGCGAAGUUUGAAAGCAUUGAAAGUCGAAGAGGCAAAAAGACCGGAAAAACGAUCGGCGAAGAACGAGGAGAAUUCCCGCAAUGAAUGUACGAUCGAGAACAGGAUCGUCGAGGAGAGGCGACUGACCGAUCGUUGUAAUCGAUCGGAAAGCAAGCUCAACAUGUACGAAGAACGCAAAGAAAACGCGCGCGAUCUUGGAAAAACCAAAAAUUACGUGGAGGAGAGACAAACGGAAGCCAUAUCAGGUGGAAAGAGACGAAUCGUCGAGAAAUUGGCGACGUUUGACGAAUCAUCUAUGGUGCAGCCAAAGGAUCCUUCUCGGAAAAAUCCGAAAGAUCGUCUGGACGCGGGGAAAUACUCCUCGUCGGAGAAGCAACGGAAAGAUCUACUCGAGGAUUAUCAACGGGCAAAGAGCGUGGCCAAGAGCCGGAAGUAUGAGAACACGGCGGAGCCGGCGAGAACCAGAUCGGAGAGUCCGGUGAGACCCUACGUCAGGGCGACGGAUCCUCGCGGGCAAGGUUCCGGGAGGGAGAGCACGCCCGAGCGAACGAGCGAGGCCAAAGAGAAAGGAAAGGAGAGAGAUUCCGAUCGUAGAUGGCGGAAGAGCGACGCUAGGAAUACUGAUGGCGCACCGGACGAGAAGAGAUGGCCCUGCGAACCUGUUCCCGCGACGGUGGAGAAGAAGGACGCGAAAUCCAAAGAGAAGCUCGUGAGGAAACCAGAAGCCAAGGAAGUUAUGCGCGAGAAAAAUUGGCACGUACUACCGUUGCCGGAGAAAUCCGCACCGAAGACUUUCUACUUCGGCAUGGACGAAGCAUUGUCGAACGAGUCGCGGAAUUGCGUGGACCAGCACAUGGAACAAAUACAGUCCAGGUUGCAAGCUAGAGUGGUCAAUGGAUCGAUCGAAUGCCACGAUUAUACAGAUGAUGGGAAAAGCGGAAUGGAGGAUAUUUCGUUAAAAUUACGACCCACGUUACCUAAGAAGCAACUGGAAAUUCCGCGAUUCUCACCAUCAGCAGCGUGGAGGUUGUUAUCAGCGUUAGAAGCACCAGGACCAAACAUGAGCACAGCGAGCGAGGAGGUUCCGGUGAUGUUUGAGGAACGCAUCGAACGUCUGUCGAGACCACCUCCGCCACUGAUCGCUCUCGGUCCACGAAGUUCUCAUGAUAAAUCGGGCGAUUCUGGUAUAUCCGGGGAUGCUGGCGCAGCUAAUGACGACUUAUUAGACGUCAGCACCAAUACCAAUAACAAUAAUAGAUUGAAAACACCAGCGACAAGACCGACGUGGACGCCGCAGCAGGAUCUGGGCGAGGAAUCUAGUAGCGAUGCUGGCGUGGACUCGCCCCCGCCGAUGCCGACCCCCGUGAAAUUUCCACCCAGGGCACACGUGUUCUCGCUGUCGUUGCCGCGCGACGACAAUCGCAUGUAUCUAUACAAUCCGGAUCCAAAGAGCAAGGAGGGCUCAACCUUUAACUCGCUGCAGAAACUGAAGAGAUCGGUUUCGGGCGCCCUCGGGCUCGGUCCGUUGGAUCUCGAGAGAAAACGUACUCGCGACGUCCUCGAUGAUAACUGGCUUCUGUCGACAAGCGCGCCGACGUCGCUCCAACACACGCAGAUCACGGAUGCGACGCGAUCUUCACCGUCCGGCUGGAAGCCCAGUUUCGACGACGAGGAUGAUGACGAGGAUUUGGUGGAAGAUUUGGAGGAUCGCAACGAUUUUCCCAUAAUAAUGAAGCCGCCUUCAUUCUCCUACCUGGCUUCAGGCGGUCACGUGAUGUACUUGCCCGAAUCCAACGAUUCUCAAUAUCAGUCACAGAGCUUGAAUUCCAGGAAUAAUGUGAUGGACAGUGAAAAGAACUUUAGCAAUAAUAUUGGAUCGAAAUAUCGUAAAAACGGCGUGGACGAAUUUAGGAAAUCCGACAAAGAUAUAGAGAAGACGAUCAAGCAGUCUAAAAACUCAGCCAUUCUUAAAGACAAAUCUUUCACGAGCGAUGGGAAAGUGAACAAUAGAUUUUCAAAAUCAUGUGAAAACAUCUCCGAAAUGAAACAACGGAGCAUUUCACCUACUCAGCAAAAUCUGCAGGACGAUAAGGAGGUUGCGCCGGAGAUCAAGUCACCAUUGAAGAACAACUCGAAAGGUCGAAGAUUCACAUUCCAGAGUACUGUGCGACAGAUCGAAAGGCGUAGAUUGGCGGAAAAAUUAUCGCGGGAGGCAGAAGCCAAGGAAAGGCAAAGAAAAGGCGAGCUAGAGGCGAUGCGUAAAGUGGAAGAAGAAUUUCAACGGAAACGUGCCAGGGAGAAGGCAAACAUUAGACAGCAACUUCGCUUGUAUAGUAUGGACGAAAAUAUGAGUAGCCUGCCCACCGUGUGGGACAGCUCACAAUUAUCUCGCGCGGACCCAGACGGCGCGCCGUCGUCAUCAGCAUCGUCUCCGACCUCGGUCCCACCGACGAAGUUGGCGACCAUACGGAAGAGCAGUGUCAGCAGCGACGAGUAUUUGCGUAAGAGAGCACCUAGCGCGGAUUCUAGGCAGCAGCACCAACAGCAUCAACAGCAACCGAGAGAGUACAAGGAUUACCGGCCAAAAUAUUAUGACUGGACGCCCACUGAUUCGUCGUCGCACCUGGAGUACAAACAGACAACGGUGCAUCCCAAAGUGGUAUGCGAUAUUCCUAAGAGCUCGGCUGCUUUUGUGGAUGCGCACACGACCAGCAAAACCGCGAAUCUCAACUCUACGCCCAGGUCUGACAAUUACAGGAAAGAUUUUGCUCACGGGGCCGUGGCGGCGAGAUCUUCCUUAGCGAGCAGCGACAGCGAGCUAUCGCAACCGAACACGAGACCGCAUUCCAGGCAAACCGGCGGCAAGAGUAAACCCCUUCGGUCUAGGUCGGCUAGCCCAGCACGCAGCGAGGAAGCCGUCAGCUCGGAGGACGAGAGCCCGGUGCAGCCGAUCAAACAAGAGCGAAACCCUAUGAACGGUUUCAUAUUGAACGGAGUGCAGCCCUUUGUGAGGGAGAAGAGCUAUCGACCCAUCACGUUCAAUCCCCAACCACCUCCGCCUAUUCCGAGUUAAAAGACCUUUUCAAAUGUGGAAAAUCGAGAUCUUAACAAAAUUGUGCGAAAAAAGAUCUGGUUGAUAUUAUUCAUAUACAUAUAUUUUUGUAUGAAAAAAUACCGAAUUUUAGAAACUUUUAUGUACUUUUGUACACUCGAAAGAUCGCUAUAUAAAAAUGAUAUAUUUUAUAUACAUCAACUUAUCGAUUGUUAAGUUAACGAAUUAAUAUGAAAUUUUAUAAAUUGAGAUUUUAUAAUUAACGAUUUUAAUCAACAAGAUUUUAUAAUUAAAAUUUACAGAGAAGUAGGUUUUUUAAUGCGAUUUAGAGAAUAUUUUCCGAGAACCCUUUAUACUUUUUGCGAAUGUAUAUAACAAUCGUUGUAAUAGCGCAAUCGUGGUAAUCAUUUCUUCACGCAGCAUUAUGUGUAGGCGUGAAAACUAAUGUCAAGUAAUAUUUUAUAUAUAUAAUGUGUAACAAGUAACACGAUCUAACUCCUAACCAAAUGUGUUCCAUACAACUCUUGGUACGUCCAUCUAUUAUUUAUGUUCUUAAGUAUUAACAAAGCAAAAGCUGAAUCAAAGAUCAUAAUCUUACAUCGCGCGCAAGAUCGUUUUAUAUUUCACUUAUAAAAUCGCGUCGCGAAUACCAAUAAUACCGGGUACCCAUUACUUAAACAGGUUUAGGGCAAUAUUUUGUAAUUAUGUACAGGUAACAAUUGCAGGCGACUGCAAAUAUUUGCUCAUGUAAUGUAAUCAAAGAAUAAUGUUGUUAUUGAAUAUA